AAAGUAACUUGUCUUGGAAUAAAUUGUUCACUUGACGAAGAGUUCUGGAAAAACAGAAACUCAAUUCAGUUACUGUGAACAGAAUCUGGACUGAUAUUUACUGCAAAACACUUGAAACAUUAUUAAUUAUAACCAUCGCACCUGCCCAAUUAGAAGUCACAUCUAAUGUCACUAAGCCCCGCUCACUUUUUGUUAAUAUUUAAAUAUGUCGUAUGUAUACUUUUCUGAUUGGAGGACACGGAGAAAAGGCGUGCCCACAGCGAAAUCCAAAUAAUGUGAUUGGACCGUCUUUAGUCCCGCCUCCACCAGCAGCAGACAGAGAUGGACGCGUUGGUGAACCGUUCCACUGCGUCGCGUUCGGUUCUGCGUUCAUAACCGUUAAAGUACGGGACUUCAGCGCGUUUGAUUAAAACAAACGCAGUUCAUCGCUUGUUUCCAUCGUACUGGGAUCUCAAGCCAGCGAGAUGGCAGACAACGGCGGCUGCGUGACGCUCCGCGGCGCUCUGAUCCGGGACCUGCUGGACUCCAAACACAACGUGCUGUUCGACUGCGACGGCGUCAUCUGGAACGGAGAAACAGCCGUUACUGGAGCUCCGGAGGUGGUCAGUCUGCUGAAGCAGCGCGGUAAACGCGUGUUCUUCGUCACUAACAACUGCACCAGGCCGCGGGAGAACUACGUGCAGAAGUUCAGCCGCCUCGGCUUCACUGACGUCGCGGAGGAGGAGAUCUUCAGCUCGGCGUACUGCUCCGCCGCUUACCUGCGCGAUGUGGCUCGGCUGGAGGGGAAGGUGUACGUGAUCGGCUGCGGCGGGGUGAUGAAGGAGCUGCGGGACGCCGGGGUGCCGGUGGCGGAGGAGGAAGACGCGGAGCCGGGCGCCAGCAUCUACACCUGUCCCCUGGACCCGGAUGUGAAGGCGGUGCUGGUGGGAUACGACGAAAACUUCACUUUCAUGAAGCUCGCCAAAGCCUGCUGCUACCUGAGGAGCCCCGAGUGUCUGUUCCUGGCCACUGACCCGGACCCCUGGCACCCGCUGAGAGGAGGCAGGGUCACCCCGGGGUCCGGCAGCCUCACGGCCGCUCUGGAGACGGCCAGCAGCAGGAAGGCCACGGUCAUCGGGAAGCCCAGCCGCUUCAUGUUCGACUGCAUCGCCAGCCAGUUCGAUGUGGACCCGGCGCGCUCGCUGAUGAUCGGAGACCGGCUGGAGACAGACGUUCUGUUCGGCAGUAACUGCGGCCUGACCACAGUGCUCACGCUGACCGGGGUCUCCACGCUGGAGGAGGCGCUCGUAUACAGAGACAGCCAGGAGCCGCAGAAGAAGCACUGCGCUCCUGAUUACGUGAUUGAGUCUGUGGCUGACUUCCUGCAGGCUCUAGACGAGUGACAGCUGCACUGUUUCUCAACGUCUGAGAAAACACCACAGAACUCCACUCAGACAUACGAGACCCUGGAGCACAAAACCAGUCGGUAGGGUCAAGUUUUCUAAAUUGAGAUUUAUGCAUCAUUUGAAAGCUGAAUAGAUAAGAUUGAUGUAUGGUUUAUGAUCA